CUAGGUUUCAGGGCUGUUUUAGAUUCCACCUGUUGGCCCCAACGCCCUCGGCAGGACAAAGGAAGGGGGAUUCCAGUCCAGGACAGUCAAGCUAAGAAAGAAGAAGAAAGGGAGGGACAGAGAAUUUCAGAAACUUGCCCAGUGGCGGAUGGAGUCCAGAAUUAAACCCUCAUAGGGUCUGGCCUCCAAGCUCACAAUGGAUCCUUUACCCCCCACACUAACUGAAUGUUCUCCAUGGAAUGAGGCAGACACUCCUCGAACCCGUGACCUGAAGCACUUACGAGCCAAGCGUGUGGCUUACUAUGAAAGCAUUGGGAUCAUCAAGAAUGAUGCUUCCAGAAAUGGCAGUCAACAGGUGUCCACAGGUUCCCAGGACACCAAAGUGAGUCUCUCAGAAAAUCAAACCUUUGUUCUGAGAGUACCUCAGAAGCCACCACGUUAUUUAGCGAUUGGAAAGACACCUCUGCUCCAGGAGGUGUCCAGAGUGGCUCCUAGAGAAACAGAGCAGUACCUGGACCAGUGGACCCAGCAGGGGCCAUGGAGAGAGAGCUACCCAGCAGACCUGGACCUACAUCUGUUGGAAGAUGCCUUGGUGCCUGAGACACAGAAGCUGCGACAUGUUAUAAAUUGGGCCCAGAAGUUCUUGUCCAGCGCUCCAGAAGAGCAGGGGUUGAAGAGUCCCAUGACUUCUGUAGGACUCCCUCGGUCUAAUCUUUGUCAAAGUUCAAAAGCUCUAGGAAGUAAGAGAAAUGCCCGUGUGAGGUCAUCUGAUUCUCCUCCCCGGCUCAGAGAAGACCAGUCCAGCACACGAACAGGCAUUCACAGCUGCUCUUUAAGACCCCAAGAUAAUUUAUCAGAAAUGGGCUUGUCUUCUGAAUUUUCAAGUUUCUUCCAGAAAGAGGGUUUUCUAGAUAGCCAGUCUUGUGUGUGGCGAGGAACUGCAGUUAGGAAUGAGGGGGAGGGAAGAGCUGCCGGAUAA